AUGGUUUUACAACAAAAUAGUGUUGGUAGAAAGGCCAAAAAUCAUGUUGAAAAGUAUUGUUCAGCUUGUAACCGAGAAAUGAGCACUCGACAUUAUUAUGAAUUUCAUAUGUUAAAUGUUCACGAUGUUUUGUUGGGUAAUCCAAGAUCUGCAACUGUUGAUUUGUUAGAGAAAAUGUCUUCUACUCGAAAGCAACAACUUACUUUUAGGUUUAUAAUUAAAGUUUAUUAA